AAAAAGUUUUCCAGUAAGAUUUACCAAUGAGAUUUGUCUCAAAGUUUGGAAAUAUUGGUCAUAUCCAAUUAUCCCAUAUCUUCACAUGGGUUCUCCAAGCAUGGUGCUAGACCACCACCGCCAGCAGCAGCACCUGGGAAUUUGUUAGACUUGCGAUCCUCGGAUCUACUGUAUCAGAGACUUGGAGGUGGGGCCCAGCGAUCAACAGUUUAUCAAGCCUCCAGGUGCUUCUGACACAUGUCAAGAUGGAGAAUCUCUGCUCUAAGCUAUAAACUACCAACACUCUCUAGCCACCAAUACCAUCCAUCUCCCUGUGCCUGGCCACAGCUAAAGAGAGAAAGACAAAUCCUUGGAUACUCACAUGGUGAGGACAGGAAAGGUGUUUCAUGUCAGACAGCAAAUUCAAGGGGACCAACUGUAUUUUUCGUCUAUGACAUCACACUUGAUUAAGCAUCCUUGCAAGAAAAACAUAGCCCUGUAUCUAGGAAGACGACUUUUUUUCACGAGAGAUAAUUUCAGAAGUAGUCUCCUUCCACUUUCCAUCCCUACAUCAAUGAAGGCUGGCCUACCGGAAGUAACAUCGGCACACAUCGCUGGCUCAGUACUGCUGUUAGUAGUCAGUCGAAAAGUCUAUAUUUACAAUUAUGAAGCCAAUUACUGGAACACAUCUAUAGGUAUAGAACACCCUGUUUCACAUGUUUCUGGUGACAACUGUUGUUAUAGUGGACAUCCCUUUUGCGUGGAUAUAAGUAACUCAGUUUUUGCUUAUUUGCAUGGAGAUCAAAUAUCUCAGACCAACAUAUAUUUCUCAAACAAUGGGGGAUUCAGAUAUCAGAAGUUUGCCUAUGAAAAACAGGCAGAACUAGUCGGGUCUUUGGGUGGGAUCUUCUACUUUCACUCCUUGUCACAGGUUGGGCUGCUUCUCAUUGAUCAAGGGAAGGCUAGGUUCAGCUACUCAGAACACCCCCUGAACUUCAGUUUCGGGCUGCCUUUUGACUACAACGGGACCCUUAACAUCCUCAUCACCCCCGGCCAGAAGGGCAUCCUGAUCUUCUGGUUUGAGAGGAGCCUGUUGCUUUCCAGAAACUCAGGUCAGCUGGUUUACCCUGUCCAGGUGAAAGAAGGACCCCACACCUUGCUCUCUUCCAUUUCUGAGGCCAACGUCACCAUCUACAGCGUGGCUGCCAAUGAAUAUGAACUGGCAGUUUUAACUCGGGAGAACAAUUUGUAUUAUGGCAGCCUGGGAAUCCUGUCAACUUCUCUAAUCAAAUUUACAGGCCAAAACAUCUGGUCCCAAGAGGCAGCCCUCAUGUUCACUGACGUGGGGAGGGUGGAGAUACUGGUCCCGCUGUCCGACCCGGUGUUUCCAGCAUUCGAUUUCGAGAAGUGCCCCGUCAACAUCCAGGCGAUUCUCAUGGAUCCUCAACUCCAAGUUGACGUUUGCAAAGUAGAGCUUCUGCAAGGAGAAUUUGACAACAAAAUGUACACCAUUGACAUGAACAGCGAGUUGGAGCUGACUGCCCUGAUGAUACCACGGCCGGGCAUGUCCCUGGUCCCGCUGGCAAUGGUGAGCAACCCGCACUCCCUGGGGCUGCAGGCCGUCAUCUACGAGGAUGGCUACACUUAUGACGGGAACACCAGACACAGACUGCUGCGGCCUCAGGUGCUGGAGAAUCCGGAGAGGACAUGGCCCUGGCCCUCCCCCCAGAACAUUUCCCUGAGGCAGCAGCACCACUGGGGCAGAGCCGACCCCAACUUCACCUCCAGCAUAAAGAGACCCACAAGCUCUACCAUCACUCUGGACAUAGCCAACAAAGAAAUUUCGUGUGUGGACCUCAAGCCACUGACGGCGCUCAUUUCAGUGGGUUGUGACCAGGAGAAAAAGAUCGUCAUUCAGAACGAAAUCUCAGCCUGUUACAACGGCAUCCUGGACCCCGUGGGCCUACAGGACAAUUAUAGCUACGUCAUUGAGAGGGACGCCUACGACCCCAACUUCCAGGGGCAGAAGGCCAGUGAGGACCUGGUGGUGCAUUACCACUACGAGAAGCUGGGCUGCCCCCACCUCGUCUACUACAACACCCCGUGGAAGCCCGUGGUGGAGCUGUGGCGGGAAGGGAAGUUCCAGGAGGUGAUCCAGGCGGAGUUCGUCCUGCUGGAGGUGAACGGGCUGUUCACAUACACGUACUCGCUGACCGCAAACACGGCGCUCUGCAGGUCGCAGCCGCAGAACUGGACCACCAUCAUGAGUGACGCCGGCGACAAAGGGCUCUUCUCCUGGAACCGAGAGAACUACGUCAGCUGCCAUGACCCCGACAACAACGCGCCCUUGAUGUGGCCAGAUGUCCCCUAUCAGAUCUUGGGAGGCCCGACGGCAAACAAGGUUAUUUUUGAGCAGAGGAACGGAAUCUACAUCUUCUACAUUUCUAUCGUGGACCCGUACUACAGCUACUGCCACUUGGAAACGACCUUCAGCGUCUACGUCUACGGGGCCUUCCCACUGUCCGUCAUCCCCACGGCGGUCAUCAUCAUCCCGCUCGUGGUCAUGCUGCUGUCCGUGUGGCUGGUCUACGCGAUCCCCAAACUGCUGCACACUGAGAAAGGCCUCAGGUUCAAGAGCUUCUGGGCUCACCUGUGCAGGAGGUGCAGAAAGGCGUGUUUCCGAGGCGGGAACUGAGCGCAACAGGGGAGCGCAGGGCAGUCAUAAAGCGUUUGGGCAAACAGCCA